AAACAGUUUUAAAAAAUAUUACUUAAUGGCAUCUAGAAUAGAGGUAUUAUGGAAAUUAGCAUUAAAAACUUUCUCUGGAUCUAAGACUUCUAAUUAUAAAAUAUGUUUAAAAAAUUUUGAAAAACUUAAAUGUCUUAUCAAUGAGAUAAAUGCCGAAGAUGUUUAUGUUGAUAAAAAAGUACUUGAUUAUGUUAAUAAUCAAUCUGCACCGAUGUGUGCAAUUGAUGUUUUUGAAAAUCAAGAUAUAACCAUAGCUAUAUUUAUUUUGAAAACUGGUGUUACACUGCCGUUACACGAUCAUCCCGAAAUGCAUGGCCUUUUGAAGGUUAUUAGUGGUGUUGUCAAAAUAGACAGUUAUUCCAUUGAAUCUUAUAGAGAUAAAGUUUCUGAUAAAAAUAAGGGAAUAGCGGCUGUUAAGCACUCAUCGACUAUUAUUAAACAUACUGAUCCUGCAUGUGUAUUAACACCAUUUUUGAAGAAUCUUCAUGAAAUAACCUGUUUAGAAGGACCAGCUGCAUUCUUAGAUGUUUUAAGUCCGCCAUAUGAUACAGGUGAUUAUGGUAAAGGGAAAAGACCAUGUACAUUUUUUAAAGUAGUUACAAUUAAUGAAAUAUCUGAUAAUGUUCAAUUGGUAGCUACAGACAUUCCCUCAACUUUUUAUUCUAAGAGUUUAAACUAUAUGGGUCAGCCUUUAAGAUGAUUGUUAAAUAUAAAUAUUUAAUGCUAUACAUAAUAUACGAAUGAAGGUUUUUAAUGAUUUAUAAAAAUACAUAAAGCUAAUCUUAUUUAUUAUG